UGACUCGAUCAUGGAAGAUUAUCCUAAGUACACUGUUUACAUCAACUUUUUUUCUUGUUGGACUUCAAAAUCAUCAGUGGUUUAAAGAAACAGAGUUUCCUCAAAAACCCAGACAAUUAUAUACUGUAAUUGCAGAAUAUGGCUCCCGGCUCUAUAAUUACCAGGCCAGACUUCGAAUGCCAAAGGAGCAAGUAGAACUUUUAAAGAAGGAAAGCCAGACUUUGGAGAACAAUUUUCGUGAAAUAUUGAUUUUAAUUGAGCAAAUAGGUGUUCUGAAGGCAUUGCUUAGAGACAUGAAGGACGGCGUACACAAUCACAGCUGGUCUGUCCCCCGAGACGCUGUGCAGGACCAGGUCACCACUGCCGUUCUAGAUGAGGAAAUGUCAAACUUGGUACAUUAUGUACUUAAAAAGUUCAGAGGGGAUCAAAUACAGAUGGCUGAUUAUGCCCUGAAGUCAGCUGGAGCCUCUGUCAUUGAAGCUGGGACCUCAGAAAGUUACAAGAACAAUAAAGCAAAACUGUACUGGCAUGGGAUAGGGUUCCUCAAUUAUGAGAUGCCUCCAGAUAUGGUUCUUCAGCCAGAUGUCCACCCUGGAAAGUGCUGGGCCUUUCCAGGUUCCCAGGGUCAUAUCUUGAUCAAGCUAGCCAGGAAGAUCAUCCCGACAGCUGUUACCAUGGAGCACAUCUCAGAGAAGGUGUCCCCCUCAGGAAAUACGUCGAGUGCACCGAAGGAGUUCUCUGUCUAUGGUAUUAUGAAAAAAUGUGAAGGAGAAGAAAUGUUCCUAGGUCAGUUUGUGUAUAACAAAACAGAAACAACCAUUCAAACAUUCGAGCUCCAGAAUGAAGCUUCUGAAUCUUUGUUAUGUGUGAAACUUCAAAUCCUUAGCAACUGGGGACAUCCAAAGUAUACCUGUCUGUACAGAUUCAGAGUCCAUGGCAUCCCCAGUGAUCACACUUAGAGGAGCUGAUGCAGAAGGCAGUGGCCAGAAUGUCCAAGGAUGCUUGCUAUUCCCUUACAUCAAAUUGC